AGUGAGAAAUGGGAGAAGCAAAUGAAGUAACGGAGUCACUUCUUGGUCAUGAUUACUCACACCAAAUAGCCUAUAAGAAUUCUCUAAUCUUACGUUUAUACGCUGGCCAUUUUCUUGCAAGAUGGUGUGCAAGGAUGUGGGAAUUCUCGGUUGGUUUAUACAUGAUGAGCGUUUGGCCGGAUUCUUUAAUACUUACUGCUGUAUAUGGUGUUGUGGAAGCUGCAUCUAUUGCAUUAUUUGGUCCCAUCGUUGGGCAAUUGGUGGAUAAGCUUACAUAUGUGCAGGUUCUACGCUGGUGGAUGCUAACUCAAAGUGUAUCCUUUGUUGUGGCUGGAGUCACAGUGACUUGGUUAUUGGUCCACUCUAGCUUGGUGCAUACGGGUUUAGCAGUGUGUGUUUCGCUUAUCGUGUUGACAAAUGUCUCCGGGGCAAUCGGUAUUCUUGCCACUCUUGCCGGAACUAUCUUGGUUGAGAAAGAAUGGGUCAUAGUCAUCGCAAAAGGCGAACCUCCCAAAGUAUUAUCAAACAUGAAUUCAGUUAUUAGACGUAUCGAUUUAAGCUGCAAACUGUUUGCCCCCGUUGCCUCUGGUUUCAUAAUCAGUUUUAUAUCAGUUGAGGCAUCUGCAGUGGCUUUAGCAAUAUGGAACGUUACAUCCGUUUGGUUACAGUACUGGCUUUUAAAUUCUGUGUAUGAUGGAAUUCCAGCUCUAAGCGAAAGCGAUGAAAAGAGAAAAGCAAGAUUUGAACAAAAGGACCAAGUAGAAAGAAGUCCAUCUAUGUCAACAGACACAAAGGUCUUGGUUUCUCACUUAGGAAGUACUUCGCCAUUUAAGGUAUACAGUUGGAGACAAAACAUAGAACGUCUGUCCAAAGCAACUUUCCUUGAUGCUUGGAUUGUGUACUUGCAACAAGACGUACUACUACCAGGAUUAGCUGUAUGCUUACUUUAUUAUAAUAUCCUUAGCUUUGGCCCGUUAAUGACAGCAACUUUGGUGUGGAAGGGAAUACCUGCUUAUAUUGUUGGCAUAGUGCGCGGAAUCAGCGCUGUAGUUGGGAUUGGUGCCACUCUUUUGUACCCACUCCUACACGCACGUAUUUCCACUCUGAGAACAGGAUUAUGGGCUAUCUGGAUUCAGUGGAGCUUUCUGCUACUAUGCUUCGCUUCUGUAUGGAUUAAAAACAGCAAUAUCUCCGCAUGGAUGCUAAUGGCUGGAGGUGCCACAUCGCAAAUUGGGUUGUAUAUGUUUGAUUUGUCCGUCACCCAACAAGUGCAGGAUGAAGUUCCUGAAUCGGAUCGUUGCAUCGUUGGAGGAGUACAGAACUCACUGCAGUCCUCGGUGAAUCUCUUGUCAUAUGUUAUGGGUAUAAUCAUCUCAAACCCACAGGACUUUGGGAAUUUGACGAUCUUAUCGGUUUUGGCUGCGACGCUAGCUGCAUUACUCUACAGCUUCCAUACUUAUCGUGUCAGGAAACACCUCUUAUCUUGAAAUGGCAAAAACAAUCCAAGAGAUUUGGGGCUGCACCACAUUCUUGUCCUGCAAAUUCCUUCUACAUCUAAUUUCUCCUUUCAGUCAUCGGUCUUAUAUCCCGCUAGCAGUUUUUCGAUCUCUUUGGUUGGAUGAUUUUCAGCAUCCCUCAAGCCUUACUGGGAAGCAAAUCCUCGUCUACCAGGAAAUUCUAUGCAUUUCAAUUAGCAGGGGAUAUUUCUGUUAGAAUAUAUCUCCGUUUUUGCUCUUUCUUUUUCUUGAUGGAAACUCUUUGGUGGUACUCUCUACCUUUUGUGUAAAUCUGUUAACCAUGCUGCAAAUUUAGCGUUGGCGUUUUAAUGUGUUGGUUAUGUUUUCGAGUUGGUUGCAGAGGGCAAAACCUCUGUUGUUUUGAAGUUUUUGAUAGAAAAGAUAUAAUAAAACCUUUGUGUU